AAACACUCAUCCAAGAUUCCCCCUUUCUUCUUCUUCUUCUUCACUUGCCGCUGCAAACCAUUCACAGAAACCCUGUAAACAACAACAAUGGAUUAGCAACACAAAACAAUACAUGGAUGAUGAAACGAUCAACACUCAUCCUCAAACAAUCCCCACAUCAUUUCAUCAUCAACUUCAAAUCUUUAACAUCACUUCUCCACCAUUCAUCCCUUUCCCCAUCACCCAUUGAAGAACAACAAUACGACGUCGCAUCUCACCUACUCACCAUUCUCUCUUCACCCAAUUGGCAGAAAAACCCACAUCUCAAAUCUUUGAUUACAACUAUAUCCCCAUCACAUUUGACCACCCUUCUCAACAAGAACCCUAAUUUGAACCCGCAAAAAGCUCUCCCCUUUUUCAAUCUUUUGUCACAAAGAUCCGGUUUUAGACCCGGUGUUGAGUCUUUUGCUUCGUUGGUCACAAUCUUGGUUAAAAAUCGGUUCUUGAAUGCAGCUGAAAAGAUCCGGAUUGAGAUGGUGAAGGCUUGUGAGACUGAAACAGAUGUAAGGUUUGUUUUAGGGUUUUUGAGAAAGAUGAAUCUUGAUUGUUGUGAAGAAUUUAGGUUUAAGAUUAGUGUUAGGUGUUAUAAUACAUUGUUGAUGUGUUUGUCAAGGUUUUUGAUGGUUGAUGAUAUGAAAUGUGUGUUUCUAGAGAUGUUGGAUGAUGAGAUUGUGCCGAAUAUAUAUACGUAUAAUUCGAUGGUUAACGGGUAUUGUAAAGUGGGUAAAGUUGAUGUGGGUUGGUUGUAUGUGAGUAAGAUUGUUGAAGCUGGGCUUAGUCCGGAUACGCAUACGUAUACGUCGUUGAUUUUAGGGUAUUGUAGGAAUAAAGAUGUUGAUAGCGCGUAUAAGGUGUUUGAUGUAAUGCCUAAGAAAGGGUGUCAACGCAAUGAGGUUUCAUAUACGAAUUUAAUACAUGGGUUUUGUGAGGAAACGCGAAUCGAUGAAGCUUUACGGUUGUUUCAUCAGAUGGGUGAUGAUAAUUGCGUUCCGACCGUUCGUACGUUUACUGUUUUGAUAUCUGCGUUAAGUAGGUUAGGUAGAUCGGUAGAAGCGUGGGAAAUGUUUAAAGAGAUGAACGUAAGAGGUUGUCGACCGAAUGCUCACACGUACACGGUUCUUAUCGAUGGGUUGUGUAAAGAACGAAAGGUGGAUGAAGCGAGAAAGUUAUUAGACAUGAUGGAAGAGAAACGAGUUGUUGCGACCGUUGUGACGUACAAUGCUUUGAUCGAUGGAUAUUGUAGGGAUGGAAAAGUCGAAGAAGCAAUCAAGAUGUUUGAAAUUAUGGAAAAGAAAGAAAUAAAGCCAAACGCUCGUACUUACAACGAGUUGAUCGGUGGAUAUUGUAAAGUCAAUAACGUUCACAAGGCUAUGGCGUUACUCGAUGAGAUGAUGAAGAUGAAAGUAUCACCUACCGUUGUGACUUACAAUUUGCUAAUACAUGGAUAUUGUAAGCACAAUGAUGUCGAUAAUGCUUAUAGGUUGAUCGGUUUAAUGAAAGAGAACGGUGUUGUUCCCGAUAAGUGGACCUACAGUGCUGUUAUACAAGCUUUAUGUAGUCGAGGGAGUGUAGAAGAAGCUCAUGAAUUGGUAAAUUCGCUUAAAGUAAACGGGUUAAAAGAAAAUGUAGUUCUCUACACAACUCUUAUAGAUGGAUAUUUUAAAAUCGGGAAAGUCGACAAUGGGUUGAUGUUAUUUAACAAGAUGCUUAUUAGCGAUUUCUUACCGAAUUCUUGGACUUACAAUGUGCUGAUCCACGGCUUGUGUAAAGAAGAUAAGAUUCAAGAAGCAUCGGUUUAUAUAGGAAAGUUGAUAAAAGUAGGUUUCAAACCGGAUAUUACUACGUUUACAAUUUUGAUUGAAGGGUUGUUAAAAAGAUACGAUUUUGGCUAUGCACGUAAGCUUUUUGUCGAAAUCGUUUCUUCUGGACUGAAACCCGAUGUUUGUACAUACACUUCAUUUAUUCUUGCGUAUUGCAGUCAAGGGAUGAUCAAAGAAGCAGAAGAUAUGAUGAAUGACAUGACGGUAGAAGGCGUAGAACCGGAUACAGCAACAUAUACGGUUUUCAUCGAUACGUAUUUUCGUGCAGGAAAGAUAGAUUCUGCUUUCGAUGUUUUAAAACGUAUGAUGGAUGCUAAAUGCGAACCGUCACACCAUACGUAUGCUACAAUAGUGAAGCACCUUUUAGUCUUACAACAAAGGGAAAACGUAAAGUUUCAAAAUUUCGAUCUCAAUAUCGGUAACGUGUGGAAGUUAAUGGAUUUAGAGACCGCUAUGGACUUAUUUUCGAAAAUGAAUAAAAGGGGUUGCGAACCAAAUGUCAAAACUUAUGAGGCGUUAACCGUUGGGCUAUGUAGAGAAAGUCGACUUGAAGAAGCGUGUAGAUUGGUUAGUCAUAUGUUAACUAACGGGCUUGUUCCAAACGAGCAUAUAUACACGUCUUUAGUAAACUGUUCGUGUUACUUGCGAAUGUUUGACCAAGCAUUGACCUUACUAAAUAACAUGGUUGAAAAUAGGAUUUUGCCCCAUCUAGAAUCAUAUAAGUUGCUGAUAUGCGGAUUAUACGACGACGGAAAACAUGAAAAGGGUAAAGAAGUUUUCUGUAGUUUGCUUGACGGGUACAAAUACAAUGCAGAUGAAGUUGCUUGGAAGAUUUUUCUCGAUGGGUUGUUAAAACGAGGGUUGGUUAACGAAUGCUCCGAACUUGCUGAUGUUAUGGAGGAGAAGGGGUACCGUUUUAAUCCCCGCACAUCUGUAACAUUGGUUGAAAACAUGGGUGUUUAAAUACGUUUGAAACAAGAAAUUUUGGAUUUUGAUAUAUACACUUCCAAUAAGAUUGUUUGGCGAUAUUCGGGAGAGAGGUGGUUCGAUGAGAAAUGAAGAUGUGGUGGGUCCCGUUUGACAAGAAGAAAACAAUAAAUGUGGGGCCAGUUGACCAAAGGUCGUUGAAAGCACUUAAUCUAUCCUGGAGGCUGGAGCGGAUGUCGUAUUCAGAUGAAUGAUGAUGAUGAUGGUGAAAAUCUUCCAACUUCGACAAGAUCUUUUAGGGUUUAGAGUUUAGACACACCUGUUAACUCUGUAAGUAUCAUUUUUGCGAGAAUCGCUGAUACGAAUCAGUUGUUCAUUUUGUUUUCAGAACAAUGUAAAAAUUUGUGAGAAUAAAUCACAACUAAAGAUACCAUACUUAGUUUUUCUUCAAA